UGGGAAUCGGAGUUACUGGUUUCUUCUCUUGCCACGUAGUAACUCCUCCUCCCCCACCCUCAAAUUGGGAGAUUUCAAUUAAUCAUCGAAGAUGGCAAGCAUGGGGAGAGCACUGUACAGCGUAGGAUUCUGGAUCCGGGAAACAGGUCAAGCACUUGAUCGGCUCGGUUGUCGCCUCCAAGGCAAAAAUCACUUCCGAGAACAGCUUUCUAGGCACCGCACCCUUAUGAAUGUUUUUGACAAAGCCCCUAUUGUUGAUAAGGAGGCUUUGGUCGCUCCUAGCGCUUCUAUCAUUGGCAAUGUCCAUCUCGGACCAGGCUCUUCCAUUUGGUAUGGAUGUGUCUUAAGAGGGGAUGCUAACACCAUCACCGUCGGAGCUGGGACCAAUAUCCAAGAUAACUCCCUUGUCCACGUUGCCAAGUCCAACUUAAACGGCAAGGUCUUGCCUACUCUCAUUGGCGACAAUGUCACCAUUGGUAAUAGUGCUGUCUUACAUGGCUGCACUCUCGAAGACGAGUCUUACAUUGGUGCUAGUGCAACCGUCUUGGAUGGAGCUCAUGUUGAAAAGCAUGCCAUCGUUGAGUCUGGAUCUCUUGUCAGGCAGAACACUAGGAUUCCCUCCGGCGAGGUUUGGGGAGGGAAUCCAGCUAGAUUUCUGAGGAAGGUGACCGAAGAAGAAAGGGCCUUCUUCUCCACUUCCGCUAUGGAUUACUCCAACUUAGCUCAAGUUCAUGCCGCACAAAACACAAAGAACUUGGACGAGACUGAUUUCAAGAAGCUCCUUUACAAGAAGAACGCACGGGAUGCAGAAUAUGACUCACUACUCAAUGAUGAUCUCACUCUCUCUGAGAAUCAUCUACCAAAAGCACCUUGAGACUCUUAACUUGCGUCGCCUUGAGGCUCUUUGAUUCCCGUUGGAUUUGAAAAAGAAAAGAAAACCAGAAAAUUCAUUUCCUGCUUCUCUCCAAUAAUGUUUUCUUGCAACUUAAAAGAGCCUUUUCUUCUGAUUAUUUUUCUCUCUAAUAAAUUGUUUGGAUCAGACA